AUUGACAAAACCCAAAGCAAGUUCCCAAGAUGAAAAAAAAGAGUUAGCCAUGCAUCAAAAUUUUAGUAACCUUUGUAGCUCUAUAAAUGCAGAACUCCUAGACACCAAGCUUUCAACAAACCCAGAAACCUUAGUCUGUCUUCUGAAACUUGUUUUCAAAUGGCUUCUGCAGCAACCUUAAAGCGCUCAGAGUCGAUAGCUGAUAACAUGCCAGGUGCCUUGAGGCAGAGUCGAUACUAUAUGAAGAAGUGCUUUGCUAAGUACGUUGGAAAGGGAAGAAGGAUAAUGAGACUUGACCAUUUAAUGGAUGAAAUGGCACAAGUCAUCGAUGACCAAAAGGAAAUAACUAAGGUCUUGAAGAGCUUGAUUGGCUACAUACUAAGUUCCACACAGGAAGCUGUUGUCAUACCACCGCAUGUUGGCUUUGCCAUAAGACCAAAUCCUGGAUUUUUAGAAUUUGUCAAAGUCAGCUCUGAUGAUUUAUCCGUUGAGGCCAUCACUGCUCCAGAAUUUUUAAAGCUUAAAGAAAUGAUCUAUGAUGAAGAAUGGGCAAAUGAUGAAAAUGCUCUGGAGCUAGAUUUUGCAGCACUUGACUUCACUAUUCCUCACUUGACCCUGUCUUCUUCAAUUGGAAACGGGCACAAUUUUGUUGCAAAGUUCACGACUUUAAAGCUUAGCGGAAGAGUGGAGAAUGCACAACCUCUUGUGGACUACUUACUAACACUCGAUCAUCAAGGAGAAAAACUUAUGAUAAAUGACAAACUCGAUACUGCUUCAAAGCUUCAGAUGAUGCUAAUAGCAGCUGAAGUGUUCGUGUCAUCACUUCCCAAGGACACUCCAUUUGAAGAUUUUGAGCUAAGAUUUAAGGAAUGGGGCUUCGAGAAAGGUUGGGGAGAUACAGCACAAAGAGUAAAGGAGACAAUGAGAACACUCUCAGAAGUACUCCAAGCACCCGAUCCAUUACAUAUGGAGAAGUUAUUCAACAAAAUUCCUACGACAUUCAAUAUUGUUAUUUUUUCUCCUCAAGGAUACUUUGGCCAAGCAGAUGUCCUAGGGCUGCCGGACACAGGAGGGCAGGUAGUUUACAUUCUGGAUCAAGUGAAAGCUCUGGAAGAAGAAAUACUCCUUAGAAUUAAGCAGCAGGGGCUUAGUGUGAAGCCUCAAAUUCUUGUGGUUACACGACUCAUACCCGAGGCACAGGGAACCAAGUGUAACCAGGAACUCGAAGCAAUCAAUGGCACCAAGCAUUCCAACAUUCUUCGGGUGCCUUUUCAGACAGGAGAAACGGUCUUCCCCUAUUGGGUUUCUCGUUUUGACAUUUAUCCAUAUCUUGAGAAGUUCACUCAGGAUGCUACAGCCAAGAUCCUUGACUUCAUGGAAGGGAAGCCUGAUCUUAUCAUUGGAAAUUACACUGAUGGGAAUUUAGUUGCAUCUCUAAUGGCUAGUAAACUUGGGGUAACACAGGGUACUAUUGCGCAUGCUUUAGAGAAGACCAAAUACGAAAAUUCUGAUGUCAAAUGGAAGGAAUUCGACCCUAGGUAUCACUUCUCAUGCCAAUUCAUUGCUGAUACAAUUGCAAUGAAUGCGUCGGAUUUCAUCAUUGCCAGCACAUACCAGGAAAUUGCAGGAAGUAAAGACAGACCUGGGCAGUAUGAAAGCCAUGCUGCAUUUACGCUCCCUGGGCUUUGUAGAGUUGUUUCAGGCAUCAACGUUUUUGAUCCAAAAUUCAACAUUGUUGCACCAGGGGCUGAUCAAUCUCUCUACUUUCCUCACACAGAGAAACAAAGGCGGCUCACGAUAUUUCACCCUGCCAUUGAAGAAUUAUUGUACAGCAAAGAGGAAAACAAUGAACACAUGGGAUAUCUAGAAGACAGGAUGAAACCUAUCAUCUUCUCGAUGGCAAGGUUCGAUGUUGUGAAGAACCUAACUGGAUUAACAGAGUGGUAUGGGAAGAACAAGCGGCUUAGAAAUUUGGUUAACCUUGUUGUUGUCGGGGCCUUCUUUGAUCCUUCAAAAUCAAAGGAUAGAGAAGAAAUAUCUGAAAUAGAAAAGAUGCACUCAUUGAUAGACAAAUACGAACUGAAGGGUCAGAUGAGAUGGAUUGCAGCACAAACUGACAGGCAACGCAAUGGAGAACUCUAUCGCUGUGUUGCUGACACGAAUGGAGCAUUUGUGCAACCUGCAUUGUAUGAAGCAUUUGGCCUAACAGUCAUCGAAGCAAUGAACUGUGGAUUGCCCACUUUUGCAACCAAUCAAGGAGGCCCUGCAGAAAUCAUCGUUGAUGGGGUCUCAGGGUUCCAUAUAAAUCCCACCAAUGGGGAUGAGUCAAGUAACAAAAUUGCUGAUUUCUUUGAGAAGUGCAAUGUGGAUGCAACAUAUUGGAGCAAGUUUUCUGCAGCAGGUUUGCAGCGCAUAAAUGAAUGCUAUACCUGGAAGAUAUAUGCAAACAAGGUGUUGAAUAUGGCGAGCAUUUAUAGUUUCUGGAGACAGUUGAACAAAGAGCAGAAACUGGCAAAGCAAAGAUACAUCGAAAUGUUGUACAAUCUCCAAUUCAGGGAUUUGGCGAAUAAGGUGCCUAUAAAGAUUUAGUGGAAUCAAAGCCAAAGCCAAAUGUCAAACUGCUGCCCUCAAAAAGCACUAAACUGACAGUGUAAACUGCAAAGGUCGUUCGGAGCCUAAAGUUGUAACAAUUAAUGGUGUUCGACUGUUCCCUCUCAUGUCUUCCUGAAGUUCCUGUUUCCUUCACAUUUAUGCAUAAUAAGUUAUUGUGUGCUGAUUGAUAAAUGGAGAAACGGAUUUCGUGUGUUAAAAGUGCAACCGGUGCUGCUCUGCAUUUUUAUAAUAAGCAUUACGCAUUUUUUAUUUUUAA